UCCGCAGGCGCCUGUGUACUCAAAAAAUUACCUCCUGAAUUUGCAGCCAGUGGUCUGGCCCCGGUUCUUGGGCAGAGGAUUUGGUUCAGUGCCCGACGCUUUCAUGCCGAGGUCUUUCAUUGGUUUCUACUUGAUUGAUUUCAGCCCUCAAUUUGAUUAUUUCCUGGAGUCUGCUCCUCCUGGAUGUUUCAACCUCUUCAUCAUUAGAAAAUAUUCUUUAUCCUGAACCUCAAGCCUAGAGCUCUCCAUACCCAUGCACUCAGGACUGAAGAAUAGAAACCAAGUGACUGAGGCAGAGAAAGGGUCCCAGGAAGGAAGUUGAAUUAAUCAAGAAAGAUGAGCAAGGCAUGCAUGACUUUAAUGCCAGCACUGGGGCGGCAGAAUCUUGGGGAUGGAUCUUGGUGAGUUUGAGUACAAUCUGGUCUUUAAAAGAAAAAAAAAGUAAAGAAAAGGAAGUCGCCUCCCCCUGCCCAGGUGCCAUCACUAUGACAUCAGAAUGGUGGUCCAAUCAUUUGGCUAUGGAACCUCGUACAAUUUACAUAAGGCUGCCGAUUGGUUGAAGCGCCUAAGCCCGCCCCCAAGAUGACGUUUGUGUACAGAUAGGUGCCAGAGAAACAAGACUUUGAGCUGGUGGCUGGACGCGCAGCACUUGAGCUCCUCACUGCUAAACCUCUGCUGUCCUUACAAUGGGCUAAAUUUAAUGGACAACCAGGAGAUUGGAUCCUGGUUGUAGAACUAAUUCAGACAGCAGACUUAUGGGCUGUGUUACCAGUCCGUUUUUCCAGAUAAUCGCAAGAAACCUGGGAAUUCAUUUGUUCUUUCAAGAUAAAGGCAGAUUGCUCAAAUGAGUGCCAGAAAGCAAGGGUCUCAGGUGCGUGACCAGCAUUUUGCUGAAGGUGAUGACUUGGUGAAGCUGACACCAAGCCGCAGGCGGGUCACAAAGGUGACAGAUGGCUCCUCAGGAAAGAAAUCACCCGAGCCGAGAACUCCUCAGACAGCUCUUCCAAGAAGGCCACAGGACCAUCCAGCCAAAAAACCUGGCGCGGUGGAGAGAGGUCGCGCGGAUGAGAAAACCUGCACAGCAGAGAACAAGCCGUCCACCGAGAAGCAUCACACUGCAGAAAAAAGAAACACUGCUAGGAUGAAUUACGUUACGCUGGACACCGAAUUGCCUGAGACGAUUUUGAUAGACAAUGACUAUUGCAAUGAUGAAGAAUGUCCUGCUACAGAGAAAGGACCCAGUGACAGAAAGCACCAGUUCAAGAAGCAACUCUCUGGGAGAAGGCACUGCUUUUCAGAGAAAAGUUGCUCAUUGGAGAGGCAUCUCUCGGCUGAGAAAGAUCUCGCUACACAGAGAGAUUUCCUUAACAAGAAAAGAUGUCUUACAGAAAAAGUUCGUUCUACAGAGGAAGUUGGUUUGGGGGAGAGAGUUCCCUAUGAAGAGAGAGGCCACCCUACUGAGGGAGGUCAUCCUGCAAAGAAAGGUCUUUCUACUAAGAAGUGUCCAUCUCCUAAGAAAGAUUACUUGGACGAGAGAGGACCUGCUAUGGAAAACCAUCACCCUGAAGAGAAAGACCGCUCAGCCAAGAAACUUACCUAUACACAGAGAGAUCUCCAGAUAGACGGAGAGCAUUCUGUAGGGAGAGGUCGGCCUUCCAUCAAAAGUCACCCUGCAGAGAAGGGCUGGUCAGCAAACAAGAGUGGAUCUGCAGGGAGAGGUCACCGCAUCAAAAGCCACCCUGCAAAGGAGGGUUGCUCAGCCGAAAGGGUUAACAUGGCACAGAGUAGACUCUUUGCAGGUGAAGAUACCAAUACACGGAGAGGUCGCCCCAUCCAAAGGUGUCGUGCAGAGCAGGGUCGCUCAGUGGAAAGAGCUACCACUGUGAAGAAAAGACCUUCCACAGCGAAAGAUCACCCCACAGGGAGAAGUCGACCUCAGAAGAAAAGCAAUCCUGCAGAGGAGGGUCAGUCAACAGACAGGGGUGCAUUUGCAGGAGAAAAUGUCCCCACAGGAAGAGGUAGGCUCUCAAAGAAAAGCCCCUGUGCAAAGAAACAUCUAUCUACCGAGAGCCAUCCUGAAGGGAAAGAACUGUCUUCAAAAAUAAUCUCCUCCACAGAGAAAGUUCACUCUGAGGAGAGACGGUACAUUGUUAAGAAAACGAGACAGCUGUCUGCCAAGAAAGGGAGCAUGGGAAAGAAAUUUGUUUCUGGUGAAAGUGUUGAUAUUCAAGACAGCUAUACUCAUGACAAAAGUAGCACAGGACAGAAUGGGUGCUCUGUGGAGCAAGGUCAUCCCUCCAUGGAGAAAGGCUUUCCUGUAGAGACACCCUCUUCAGGAUCUGUGCCUGUAGUACCAGUGCCAAAGAGCACACAGGAUGCUCCAGAAACCAGCACUGACAGUGCUACCAGCCAAUUACCCCAGGUCACUCACCAGAAUGUGGCUGGGGCUGUCACCAACGGUCAGCAUACACAGGCAGUGAAUAUGAGAAUGGGAGUCAAACUGAAGUUGCCUCAAGAACUAAAAGCAUGCCUUGUUGAUGACUGGAACUUGAUAAACACAUACAACCUGUUAUUCCAACUCCCUGCUGACAUUAAUGUAGAUUGUAUUCUAGCAAACUAUGUUGCCUUCGUGAAAUCACAGGGAAAGUCUGAUAGUAGAGAAUAUUAUGUUGAUGAACUUGUGUAUGGAAUAAGAGAGUAUUUCAACAUAAUGCUGGGCAACCAGCUGCUCUACCAUUUUGAAAAAGCCCAGUAUGUCUCAGUCCUAAUGACUUUCCCAGAUAUUCCAAUGUCUCAGAUUUAUGGGGCUCCACACCUCCUCAGAUUAUUUGUAAAAAUUGGGAGUGCAUUGACCAAUUUUUGCCUAAAUAGGUGCAGUCUAAUAUUAGUGUCUGGAUAUAUGCAUGAUUUCCUUAAUUUCCUAGCAGAGAAUUCCACUUCUCUGUUUAGUGUCAACGAUUACAACAUGCCUUCUGCCUUAUAUAGUCUCAAAGAGCUGUGAGGGUCUGUUGACUGCUCUUUUAUGACCUAGACCUGAAAACAUUUCUAUAUUUGGUGUUUUCAUUGCUUAUUUGAUUUUCUUGAAAACUAUCAAGGUAAAAAGGGCUUAGUAUUUCAGGUUGGGUAUUGUGAACAGAAAUAAAAAAUAUUAAGUGCUUGUUUACUACCAUUUCAACAACAAAUAUAUGUUCACUAAGCAAUUUGUGUUGCUUAUUUGACAAGAUUGCUUGAAUGUUGGUGCUUCUAUCCCCUCCAGUGUCUACUAGCCGUU